GGAUUCAAUUGAAGGCGUUUAGAAUAAAAGCGAAACGCGUUUCUUUCAUCAAUGGCUCCAGACAGCAUUUCCAGGUACAGAGAGUAGGCUCAAAGUGCGGACAUGUCCGGUCGCUCUGCUGCGGAGAUGGACAACUCAAGGGAGCUGCCUGAGCUGCCGACAAAGAAGGCAAGGCUUGAGCUCGAUGGUGGACCGCAGAAAGAGCCAGGUAAUUUGGGGGAAGAUGAGAGCCCAUCUGCACUUCUAGGCCCUGGCGAGCAUGAAAGCUCCUACCCCGUUCUGUCUAGUGCCCCACUUGAUGAAGGGGACCAAGAGCAGUCUGACCCAGAGAGAAGUGCAGCGCCUCAGACGUGUGGUGACUCCAUGAACUCAUAUACACACUCUGUUGUGACCUGCAAAGAGCCAGAUACAACAGCUGGCUCUGACUAUACCUCACAGAUAUACCAAGGAAGCAACCCAGCGGUGACAUCCUAUACCAGCCAGGUGGCCUUCCCUCCUCUGCCCCAGUCCACUGUGUACUCAACCUUCCCCCAGACAGGCCAGACCUACGGCCUUCCACCCUUUGGUGCUAUGUGGCCAGGCAUAAAAACAGAGACAGGGCUGCCUGAGGCACCCUCUGUUGGUCAGCCUGGGUUUCUCAGCUUCAGCACCACAUAUACCUCAACCCAGCCAGGCCAGCUGCUCUACUCAUACCCCAGUCAAGGCUCAAGUUUCACAACAUCCAGUGUGUACACUAACAUCUCUUCAGCUAUGGCUGCCACCACUGCUUCAGCCACUGUGGCUACCCAGGAAUUCAACAAUUAUAAUUCUCUGGGGCAGAGUCAGUUCUCUCAGUACUAUGCGCCGCUUCCUAGCUAUGUGCCCACCGGGCUGCCCAAUAGCGACGGCCAUGGUGCCAGUGUGGGUGUGACCGGGUAUCCAGGCAUCAAGUCUGAGAACACUGCUUCAGCUGUGCUGCCAGAUGCAAAUCCUCAGGAGAACCUACCCACAGGUGUGGCCCUCCCCACUGGAGCCAGAGAGCAUGAUGAGGCUGGCCCCAGAUACUCCGUGGGAAAAUCCAAGGGAAAGGCCAAAAAGUCAGAUAGCAGCCCGCCUACUGACAGUGACCUGGAGCGCAUCUUUCUAUGGGAUCUGGAUGAGACCAUCAUUAUAUUCCACUCACUGCUUACUGGCUCCUUUGCUCAAAAGUUUGGCAAGGAUCCAGCCACUGUACUGAACUUGGGUUUGCAGAUGGAAGAGUUGAUCUUUGAGCUUGCGGACACCCACUUGUUCUUCAAUGACCUGGAGGAGUGUGAUCAAGUCCAUGUUGAAGAUGUGGCAUCUGAUGACAAUGGACAAGACCUGAGUAACUACAAUUUCUUGGCGGAUGGCUUUAAUGGACCCAGCAGCGGAGGCGCUGCGGGGACCACCACAGGAGUCCAGGGUGGUGUGGAAUGGAUGCGUAAAUUGGCCUUUCGCUACCGCCGGCUAAAAGAUAUAUACAAUGGUUAUAAAGGGAAUGUUGGAGGCCUGUUAAGUCCAAUGAAAAGGGAACUGCUUUUGCGACUACAGUCUGAGAUAGAGAAUGUUACAGAUGCCUGGCUUAGCACAGCACUCAAGUCCCUGCUGCUCAUCCAGUCCAGGGGCAAGUGUAUGAAUGUCCUGGUCACCACGACUCAGCUGGUUCCAGCUCUGGCAAAAGUGCUACUCUAUGGCCUGGGUGAAGUCUUUCCCAUUGAGAAUAUCUAUAGUGCCACCAAGAUAGGAAAAGAGAGCUGCUUUGAGAGGAUCAUCUCACGCUUUGGGAAGAAAGUGACCUAUGUGGUGAUAGGAGAUGGCCGCGAUGAGGAAUUCGCAGCAAAGCAGCACAACAUGCCUUUCUGGCGAAUCUCCACUCAUGGAGACCUAGUAUCCCUGCACCAAGCCCUGGAACUGGACUUCUUGUAGAGAUGAUGGUGGCAUUCGGUGUUACACAAAAGAAAAACAAAAAAACAAAAAAAAGGGAAAAAGUUUUCUCUCUGCUGGAUUGUGGAGCAACACCGCAU